CCAGCAGCAGCUGUUAGUGGAGCCUGCGCCCUACACUCUGGGGUUGAUUGGAGUUCUGGAGUCGUGCAGAGGAAGACAAUAAAAUUUGUUUGUGUUGUCAUCGCGUUUAACUCGCUUCUUUAAACAUUGUAAAGUUUAGAUUUAAAAGUAUGGAGGAUAGCGGCAUCGACAGCGAGGACAGACAAUCCAAUAUUUACGAGGAUGGGGCCGCGGGACUCCUGAAAACGGCCAGUGGAGCACCCAAACAUAUGUCGGAUUUGGAGUUUGAGGUGGCAUUCAGGGGUGCCGGCAAGGUCUAUGCCCCCACGACCAUAGAAAUCGAUGAAGAGGAGGAAGCGACCGGAGGAAGCGGUCGAGGCCACGAGCCACCCAACACCUGCCGCAUACUGCAGCGCAAACUGGAGCUGAAGGUCGAGCGCGCCCGGCGGAACUACACUCAGUUUCAGGAGGAGCAGGCCACUAAGACGCAGUCGUCCACUCUGAUACCAAUCAACCGUCUACCCAUUCCUGGCGAGCCGGAACACAAACCCCUGGUGGACUACAAAUCCGAGAGCAGUGACGAGGCCGAGGAGAUCUCCUUCUUUCCGGCCCAGCUGAAGCGGUCCAAGCGCCGCCAGCAGAACCACGAACUGACUGACACCUUCAGCAUACAGGAGAUGACCAUUGACUCGGAUCUGGAGUCGGACGACAGUGCUGGUACCCAGAACCUCGAGCUCCUGCUGCCCUCCAUGAAGACGACCAUUCUGGACAAGUUCAAGGGCUGCUUCGGAUGCUGGAGACGCAGGUAAUGCCAGGCGGAGGAGCGGAGGCAUAUCAUCAGGCGGUUCAGGCACAAAUCACGUUAUUGACAGGCACUAGCAACCUACGUACUUAAUAAUAAACUCCAUUGCCACUACAGAGCU